CUUCGGUCGUUCUCAUUUCUCCAAUCCGCUUCUUCUCCUUCUCCGACGCCGAAGCCCUAAUGGAGCGGCGGCGCCGCCCCCCGGCGAAGGAGGCGGCUGCGGCGGGGGAGCUCCCUCGCGGUGGUGCCUCCUCCCCUCCACCGAACCCUUCCCCUCUCUUCCGCGACGUCUCCAACUACAAGACCCCGCACCCCUCCUUCCCGAACCCUAAAACCCAUAACCCCGCUUCUCCUCUCCCCAUAUUCUUCACCGCCUCCAAGAACACCCUCACCCCCGCCGCUUCCUCCGCCUCCGCCUUCCGACGCCGCCCCUCCGCCGCCGCCGCCGUCGCCGCGCGCCGCCUCCGGGCGCUCGAGCUCGACCAAUCCAAAUCCUCCCGCAAGGUCCAGAUCCGCCGAGAGAAGGCCCUCAAGUCGUUCUCCACGUCUCUCUCCUCCUGGCUCAACCUUCUCUUCCGAAACCCUAGCUCUUGCGGGUGCGAUAUCGCGAGUCGGCGACAGACUUCGGGUUUGAUCGGGAAAAGGCAGAGCUUGGAUGCGGAGAGGGAGAUGGGGGUCGGCGGGCAUUGGAGGAGCCCGAAGCGGCGGAGAGAUCGGCUCUGGAAGUGUGGCGGGGAGGAGAAGAAGGGUUUUUCUUUUGGGAUGGUUGCUUCGCUAAAGGUUUCGUUGCAGGAUGUUUGUAGCUUUGAUGAUCUAAAGGAGAGAAUGGAGGGUUACAUAUCCAGGGAAGGUUGUGAUGAGGUUCUCUUGAUGAUGUAUCAGGUUUGCAAGAAUAUAGAUGAAGGCAGAUUAAAAAUGAAAGCAAAUUGCCCGCUUGUAAGUGACCUUAGACUGAAGGAAAAGGCAACUCGAAUUCUGAUGUGCUACAACCCGGAGUGGCUUAGGAUCGGACUGCAUAUUGUUCUUGCCGGUGAUUCAUUAUUGUGCAAUGAAGAAAGGGAACAUGAAAAAGAAGAUCUGUUCUUAAGGAUGAUUAUAGAAAAGCAAUUCUUUUCUCAUUCAGGUGUUGCGAAGUCCUUUGCCUAUAACAAGUUAGUUGAGGGCCUCUACCGGCCAGGGUACUUCGAAGCUUUGGGAAGCAUUAUCCUGAAAAGAUUUAUAUUGCUAGUAAUCUCUCUGGACAAAGCUAAAACCGAAAGUUCUCUGCCUAUUAAAUAUGGUAUUGAUGGUCUAGAUGGUGGUUCCCCUUUACUAUUUUGUCGUCAUUCUAAUAUUAAGUCAAGUCAACAAAUUAUUCAUGAGUCCUUAUCAGAGGUAAUGCAUGGCGAAGGUGAUCUUCUUGUGCAUCUCACAAUUGUAGGAUGUAAGCUGAAUUAUGUGCAGUCCCCGCUUUCAGAAUACGACUUCAUUGUAAGAAAUUUAUUUCAAGAUCUUCAAGAUGGCAUAGUACUGUGCAGAGCUCUUCAACUCUUGCUUUGUGAUGCCUCAAUAAUUUCAAAAGUGGUGGCUCCGUCAGAUACUCGUAAAAAGAACUUGCAAAAUUGCAGUAUUGCGAUUGAAUACCUCAAGCAGGCUGGGGUUCCACUCUCUGCUGGAGAUGGAGUUAUGAUUGUUGCAGAAGACAUUGCCAAUGGGGACAAAGAGCUGACAAUGUCAUUGCUCUGGAGUGUUUUUGUUCACUUGCAGUUUCCCCUACUAGUUCAGAGAACCUCAUUGGUUGGCGAGAUAGCAAAGUUAAAGGCAUCUGAUAUGGACCUUCCAAAGUACAACACCAAGACAAACAUGGCCCUGCUUCUUGAGUGGAUCCAGGUAGUUUGCGGGAAAUAUAGUAUCAGGGUUGACACCUUGUCUUCUCUGGUCGACAGCAGAGCAUUAUGCUGCUUGAUGAACUUCUAUUUAAAUAUUGACAUUCCUCUGACUUCACAAAAGGAAAAUGGUGAAAAUUUUGAUGAAGGAUUAACUAGAUGUCUUUAUGCCGAUUCUUCUGUUGUGUGUCACAAUUUUCUUCCUGUCCGAAGAAUCAUUGAAUGUCUAUCUGACUUUCCUGAGGAACUGCAAGUAAGUCACAUUUUAAAUAACGAUGCAUCUCCUGACGAACGAAGUGUGACAAUUCUUCUUACCUUCCUGGCUUCGCAACUUCUAAAUAGUAAGAAAUUGGAUAAAGUAAGGAAGCUGACAAGUAGAAUAUUGGAGGAUCAAAAUGCAGAAAUUAAGGUUUUGGCAUUUUCCCAAAUGUCCUUUUCUGGGAAUGGUUCACCUAUUAGAUGCAGAUCUCAAGGAAAUAAGCUACCGAAAUGUGCUUCAGAACAGAAUAAUGAAGGGUUUGAUUGGGCUGCAACAGUUAUCCAGUCUCAAGUAAGAAGGAUUGUUGCACGAAGCAAAUUUUUGAAGAUAAAAAGAGCCGCUUCUCUUCUGCAAUCUGCCACACGUGCUUGGUUAGCUGCAACUUCAAAUAUUAAACAUGCCUUUACUUGUUCUGAUCACUCCGUCCUAGAGCAAUCUUCUGGAAACUCUAACAGUUAUCUUAAGUUCAUGAUGGAAAGACAUAAUUUUGUACGCACCAAAAGAUCUGUUCGACUGAUUCAGCGAGCAUUGCGGGCUUGGAUCGCACAAAGACGGCAGUUAGAAAGUAUAUUUUUGCAUUCUAGUCUUCCAAACCAACAAAGCAUAUGUAGCAAGCUAGAAAACCCUAGGUAUCAAGAAAGUAUGGCUGCAGAGAAGAUACAGCUUGCAUGGAGAAGAUACGCAUAUCAUAAACAAUUUUUGGAGAACAUAUCUGCUGUGGUGAAGAUUCAAAGCAAUUGGCGCAGCUGGUCCACACGGAUACAUUUCUCAAGACAAGUUCGAGCAAUCAUUACCAUCCAGGCCAGAAUUCGAUGUCUAUUUUGUCUAAGGGCAUUCAGAAGGUUUCGUCUUGCCGCCCUCGUAAUUCAACGAUUUGUUAGGGGAUGGCUGGCUCGAAAAGCGCUGCUAGGUGCUUGUUUCAUUCAAUCAAAGAGGAAGAUUUGUGGGUUAUACAGCACACAAUGUGCUGGUUCAGUCAAAAGUGUUGAAUACAGUACUGUAUUAAAUUCAGUUUUGAGGUUACAGAGAUGGUGGAGACGGAUUUUGUUGUGUAGAUCUGAACUAAUGUCGGUAAUUUUGAUCCAAGCAUGCAUCCGUGGUUGGAGCUCUCGAAGAGAAGCAAAUAAACUACGUUAUAGUAUUUCAGUUAUUCAAAAAUGGUGGAGAAAUGCCUUAUUUCGACAAUCAAGGAAAAGGUCGGUGCUCAUUAUUCAGGCACAUGUUCGUUGUUGGAUUGCUAGACAAGCAGUGAGACGAGAUAAGAAGCGUAUAAUUCUUAUUCAAUCUCAAUUCAGAGGCUACCUUGUAAGAAAAAACUCAAAAGAAGAGGUGUCCAACCUAAGGCACAGGCUACAGAAGUCAGCAACAAAUGUGAAGGACGAUAUGCGGCUGAUUAACAGACUACUCUCCGCACUUUCGCAACUCCUCGCCUGUAGAAAUAUUAGCAGUAUUCGACAAACUUGUGCAACAUUAAGUAUGGCUACCGAGCAUUCUGAGAAGUGCUGUGAAAUGCUUGCGGAUGCUGGCGCAGUUGAAAUUCUACUGAAACAAGUCCACUCACUGAAUCGUGGGGUCCCCGACCAAGAAGUUUUGAAGCAUGUGCUUUGUACUCUUAGGAACAUUGCACAUUUCCCUAAACUUCUGCAAGUAUUAAUCAACGCCCCUCGGUCGGUGGAGAUUAUCUUCCAAGAAUUGCUAAGGAACAAAUCGGGCACGUUUUUUGUUGCAUGCGAUCUUCUGAAGAAGAUUACUGCAGCGAAAGAAGGCCGCGAACUUACACAUAAGUUACACGGCCAUGUGAGAAGACUAACCAUCAUCAUUCAAGAUCUCGAGAGGAAGAUAGAGUUGGAAAAGAGGAAUGCUCGUCGAGGAGGUGGAAGAGACCUUACCAUGCUUUUAAGGCACAAAGAGACUGUUAGCCUGUUAGCUAUGAUUAUCGAUAACAAUCAGUAAGAGCAUUGUAAUCUUUAUCCACAUUUUUUUUUUUUUUGGUGGGAGGUGGGUGGGAUAAAUUUUGUCUUUUGUGUAUAUGGUAAAAUGAUACUGCUAGGGCCUAUCUCUUCUCCUUUUGCGAGAAACUAAAUAUCAGGGAAAAUAGGAAAAUUAAUAUGGGUGGUGUGGAAUGUUUGUAUUUUGGUUUUUCUGUGUGCAUGAUGAAAUUUACUAAUGAGUGCUAAUUUGUGGAGAAAUGAUUAAAUACUCA